AUGGCGGACGGAAUUGACAGGCGCGCUGAUGACCGCAUGGAGUUCAACACCUCGAAGGAGGUCACUGUUGCUCCUACCUUCGAGGACAUGCACCUGAAGGAGAGCCUUCUCCGUGGUAUCUAUGCUUAUGGUUAUGAGUCUCCGUCUGCUGUCCAGUCCCGUGCCAUUGUUCAGAUCUGCAAAGGUCGUGAUACCAUUGCCCAGGCACAAUCCGGUACUGGUAAGACCGCUACGUUCUCGAUCAGUAUCCUCCAAGUCAUCGAUACCGUCGUCCGCGAAUCUCAGGCCCUCGUCCUUUCCCCCACUCGUGAACUUGCCACCCAGAUUCAGUCCGUCAUUAUGGCCCUCGGUGAUUACAUGAACGUCCAAUGCCACGCUUGCAUCGGAGGCACGAAUAUUGGAGAGGAUAUUAGGAAGCUUGACUACGGUCAGCAUGUCGUUUCGGGCACCCCGGGCAGAGUCGCCGAUAUGAUUCGCAGACGCCAUCUGCGCACCCGUCACAUCAAGAUGCUGGUUCUCGAUGAAGCCGACGAACUCCUCAACCGUGGAUUCCGUGAACAGAUUUACGAUGUCUACCGCUACCUUCCUCCUGCCACCCAAGUCGUUGUCGUUUCCGCUACCCUCCCCUAUGACGUGCUCGAUAUGACCACCAAGUUCAUGACCGACCCCGUGCGUGUCCUGGUCAAGCGUGACGAAUUGACCCUCGAAGGCAUCAAGCAGUACUUCAUUGCAGUGGAGAAGGAAGAGUGGAAGUUCGAUACCCUUUGCGACCUUUACGAUACCUUGACGAUCACCCAGGCGGUCAUCUUCUGCAAUACCCGUCGCAAGGUCGACUGGCUCACCGACAAGAUGCGCGAAGCCAACUUUACUGUGUCCAGCAUGCACGGUGAAAUGCCCCAGAAGGAGCGUGACAGCAUUAUGCAGGAUUUCCGCCAGGGUAACUCCCGUGUGCUUAUCUCCACCGAUGUCUGGGCUCGUGGUAUCGACGUGCAGCAGGUGUCCCUGGUCAUUAACUACGAUCUGCCCACCAACCGUGAAAACUACAUCCACCGUAUCGGUCGUAGUGGUCGUUUCGGACGUAAGGGUGUUGCCAUCAACUUCGUCACCAGCGAUGAUGUGCGCAUCCUCCGCGACAUUGAACUUUACUACUCCACCCAGAUUGACGAGAUGCCCAUGAAUGUUGCCGAUCUUCUGUCAUAA